GUAGGCUUAGUUCACCUUUCGUUAGUGAGUUCGUUUUUAAGGCGUCUGGCCCACAUAUUCUGUUAGUAAUCCUCGAUACGCGGUAAGUGUUGCAUCGAAGUAUCCCUAAAUCGCAACCAAUAGUGAAUGAUACGUGUCGUCUAUCAUUCCUUUUUCUCGAAAUUUUAAAACUAAUUUUCUUGGAUUGUGCUCGUCCAAUUCUCCACUAUCUCGUCUAACAUAGUCAAUGGUCAAUGGCAUAAAAUGGGUAAACGAACACCGUGGUCGCUAGAAGACACGAAAUGAAUCCAAUAGAAAUUAAAUCUAUCCGUAGUCGACUUGAAAAACUUGGAAAACUUUGGAACCACGUGAACGUAUAUCAUAUUUAUUGUAACUUUCUCAAGUUCUAUUUCUCCAUCUUCGAGGGAUCGAUAUUCAUUGUUCCGUAACUUGUACAGCCGUAAACGAAACAAAAGAAACAGGAAAAGGAAGAAAUAUAUAUAUAUAUAUAAAUAUACAUAUAGAUCUAUAUCCUAAAAAAAAAAAAAAAAAAAAAGGAUAAAGAAGAUUGAAGCAAAGCCAAAGAUAAAAACCGAAGAGAAGGAAAAAAGAGAGGAAAAGAAUUCUAAACAAUAGAAAGAUUUUUUUUUUUAAAAAAGCAACGUCAUUAGGGAUUGUCCAGGGGAAAAAAAGGAGGGAAUAAUUGAUUAGGAUUAUUUUGUUCAAUUGAAACGGUGGCAAAAACGUCAGUGAGAAAAAGCGUCAAAAUGAGCACAAUAAGCGACAACCAAUGUACGUCAGUGAGAGAUUUCUACAAGGACAGAUCUAUCUUCAUCACCGGUGGUACCGGAUUUAUGGGCAAAGUUCUCGUUGAGAAAUUACUCAGAUCUUGUCCCGGAAUAAAGAACAUUUAUAUUCUGAUGAGACCUAAGAAGAGUCAGGAUAUUCAACAGAGGUUGCAGAAAUUGUUAGAUGUGCCGCUGUUCGAUAAAUUGCGUCGGGACACUCCUGAUGAACUUUUGAAGAUAAUCCCUAUAGCUGGAGACGUGACGGAGCAUGAAUUGGGCAUCUCAGAAGCUGAUCAAAAUGUUAUAAUAAGAGACGUGUCGAUCGUUUUUCAUUCUGCUGCCACUGUGAAAUUCGACGAACCGUUGAAGCGUUCGGUUCACAUCAAUAUGAUCGGCACUAAACAACUGUUAAACUUGUGCCAUCGUAUGCACAAUUUAGAGGCUCUGAUUCAUGUUUCAACGGCAUAUUGUAAUUGUGACCGCUACGAUGUCGCUGAGGAGAUUUAUCCUGUGUCGGCGGAACCAGAAGAAAUAAUGGCUUUAACGAAAUUAAUGGAUAGCCAGAUGAUUGAUAAUAUAACACCGACUUUGAUCGGUAAUCGGCCGAAUACAUAUACGUUUACCAAAGCUCUGACUGAAAGGAUGUUGCAAUCCGAAUGUGGCCACUUGCCGAUUGCAAUUGUAAGACCCUCUAUCGUUCUUUCCUCGUUUAGAGAACCAGUAUCUGGAUGGGUGGACAAUUUAAAUGGACCAACUGGAAUUGUUGCCGCUGCUGGCAAAGGUUUCUUCAGAUCUAUGUUGUGUCAGAAAAAUAUGGUGGCAGAUUUAGUGCCAGUCGACAUAGUAAUAAACUUGAUGAUUUGCACGGCAUGGAGGACCGCGACAAAUCGCACGAAAACAAUUCCCAUAUAUCAUUGUUGUACAGGUCAACAGAAUCCAAUCACCUGGCAGCAGUUCGUUGAACUGAUAUUAAAAUACAAUCGAAUGCAUCCACCGAAUGACACUAUUUGGUGGCCGGAUGGCAAAUGCCAUACAUUCGCCAUAGUGAACAAUGUAUGCAAGCUCUUCCAGCACCUUUUACCGGCGCAUAUUUUGGACUUCAUUUUUCGACUGAGAGGCAAACCAGCCAUUAUGGUUGGUCUACAUGAGAAAAUCGAUAAGGCUGUCAAAUGCUUAGAGUACUUUACUAUGCAACAAUGGAAUUUCAGAGAUGACAAUGUUCGACAAUUGAGCGGAGAACUUAGCCCCGAAGAUCGGCAAAUUUUUAUGUUCGAUGUCAAACAAAUUGAUUGGCCAUCGUAUUUGGAACAAUACAUAUUGGGAAUUCGGCAGUUCAUUAUUAAGGACAGUCCGGAGACACUGCCAGCUGCUCGUUCACAUAUUAAAAAAUUAUAUUGGAUUCAAAAAGUUGUAGAAUUCGGGAUGCUAUUAGUGGUGCUGCGUUUUUUGUUGUUGCGCAUACCUAUGGCCCAAAGCGCAUGUUUUACACUAUUGUCUGCCAUAUUACGCAUGUGUCGUAUGAUUGUUUGACGGCUCAGAAUGCCGGUUGAAAAUCGCGAAAAGCGUUAUAAGAAACAACUAAUCGUAAAGAAGCAUAAUUUAAUGGUGCAGGUUAUCCUUCAACUUCAUUGCUCAUCAUCCCAUCGGUUGGCCUUUUCGAUGUUUCUAUUUGUUCAUAACUAAAUUAGCGUUCGCUAGAGAUAUUAAAUUUUGCGGAGAGUGUCAGUUUAUGAAGCAAGUUCAAAAAGGACAUAAAUAAUGAAAUAAAAAAAAAGAAAAAAAAGAAAAAAAAAGGGGGGGGGGAAAAAAAAAGAGAAAAGAAAGGAAAACGUGCAUUCGAAGCUUCCAAAGUUACCACGUGUAAAAGUCAUUUUGUUAUAUUAUUUGAAAAUUAACGAGAAAGGUAUAUAUAUAUAUCCUUUUGGAUACGUUGUCUUUUCAUUCAAGCAGCAAAGAAAUGCAGAAAAGAAAGUUCAGACAUUUACGACCAUACGUUUAUUGUGGAUAUAUUUCAUUGUCAUUAUAAUCGUGUUUUUUCGAUGUUUGCCUCAAAAGAGCACUUUGUUCUUGAACAUCGAUUUUUCGCAUAUCGUCGAUUUGUAAUGACGUGACACUAGAAGUAUUCGAAACAGAUUAUUAAAAAAUCCUGAUACAGUUAUCUUCCAGAUUUAUCUAAUUAAUUGAUUCAAGAAGAAACAGGCUGAAAAAAGAUCAGUGAUUAAAUAGAUUGAAAAAAAUAAUCGAGGAGAUAUAAAAAAAACAGCUACAAAUAUAUUUAAUAUUAUGCUCAUUUGUGUAUAUAUAUUACAUACAUACACACACAUAUAUAUAUAUAACAUUUUUUUUUGCUAAAAUAAACGAUUAUUAUAUUGCUAAUAGAGGUGAAAUAAAUCGGAAGAUGACUGUACAUAUUUUGUGUCUCAGUCUGUUAUUUUUCACGGUAAUCAUCGCGUAUAGUGCGAUUUGAGAUCAACGACGCGUGAACUCCGUGAGCCGGCAGCUCGAACUUAAUUGAAAUUUAUCGAUUAAAAUUAAUCGAUAUUUACCAUAAAACCUUGUAAUUUAUUGAUAUUUUUGUUGAACGUAUUCUUUUCCUUAAAAUUUUUUUUCUUUCUCGAGAAAAAAAAAAUUAUUUAAGAAAAUUAUUAUUUAUUUAUGUUAACAUUUUUUAAUGAAAAUGAUUGUGUUUAAUGAGCUUUUUUAUUUAUUGACCUUGGAAUUUUCAUAAUUUUUUUAAUUAGCAAGGUUUUACCGUGUAUUUCAUUUUCGAGGAAAUAAAUCUUGAUAAUUUUUUUCUUUUUUCUUUUUUUUUUUUUCUGUUGAAAAGAAGAAGAAGAAGAAGAAAAAAUAAAAAGGAAAAAGAAAAAAAGAAGUUUUAAGGUUAAUCGUAGAUAGUAAAUCAAAGCGAUAGAUUAUUAUUAUAUACGAAUGUGUAUUUUAUAACAUUGCCAAACAAUUUUAACGCACGCUAAAUUUCUUCCUUUUUCAUCAUUUUUACAAUAUUUAGAAAUAAUAAACAAUUUCUUCGUGUAAAAGAUCGUUUAACCUUUUCAGAAACAAAAUUUUUUUUUAGAUAUAUAUAUAUAUAUAUAGCUACUUUUUCGAGUAGACUUUUUCACAAUUUCAUGUAAUAAACUAUAAUACAAUAGCAUAUGUGUAGUGAUGAAAUAAUCAGAAAGGGUUAAACGUCUAGUAAGCAUCGAAUCCUUUCGAGUCUGCGUAAUAUCAAAUUCUUUCUUCUCAAAUUACUAUUUAGAUUUUACUUUGUUAAUAAAGAAAGGAAACGUAGACUCGAAAUGAUUGAUUAGAAAAAAAAAAAAAUUUUUAACGCCGGCUAGAGGAGUUGUAAAUUCGUCGUGCCUUUGUGUCGUUGCCAUUUGGCAUUUUGUUCGUUCAUUUGUACUGUGACAUAAGAUAUUAUAGACGUAUAUUUAGUCACAUUCUUACGUCGAUGCAUGCUCGAUUAUAUCAUCCUCAUUCGGUUUCACCAUCAACGAACCAAGUUACUGUUUCUUCUUCUGAACAACAUCAAACUUUGAUAAAGUGUAAUUAUAAUUUUCUGUAUGAAAGUAAUCUUUUGUAUGCGUUUCAUUGUUAUUAUUAUUAUUAUUUCGUUUGAAAAAUUAUUUAUAAAAAAAAAAAUGGAUGAAGGGAUGCGUUAUAACUUUGUUUAAUAUAUAUUUAAAUUUAUUCCAUUUUAUCGUGUACUUUUAAUUAAAUAAUUAGGUGAAUUUUUUUUUGGGUACAUUCCAAUAUUCCUCUUAAUUUAAUGAUCUUUGUUUCCUAAUUAAGACAUAUUAUUUAUAAUUUUGAUGUAAGAACAUAUGAAUCAAAUUAAAUUUUAACUUAAUAAUAAAUAUAAAAUUAAGCAAAAUUAGAUUUUGUAUAAAAAAUUUGUUUCGUUUUUGGUGAAAUUGAAAACAUAGGAGGACACUGACGAGUGCCAAGACAUCCAGCUUGUUAUAAUUAGCACAAAUGUGGUGCGUUUACUGCUAAAUCAUUGUAAUGGAGAAAAAUAUCAGAAUAACAUAUAA